AUGGCUUCAGCUGAAGGCCACAAGACAGUAGUAAAGCUACUGCUAGAUAAAGGCGCCGACGUUAACGUGGGGGGUAGACGCGAUGACACCCCACUGUACGCGGCUUCAGCUGGUGGUCACGAGGCAGUAGUAAAGCUACUACUAGAUAAAGGCGCCAAUAUUAAUAAGAGGGGUAGACUCUAUAAUACCGCACUCUAUGCAGCAUCGGCUAAAGGCUAUACGGCGGUAGUAAAACUACUGCUAGAUAGAGACGCCGAUGUUAACGCGAGGGGCAAACACGGUGACACCCCACUGUACGCGGCUGCAGCUGGAGGUCAUGAGGCGGUGGUAGAGCUGCUGCGUAGCAAGGAGCAGGAACAGUCGAUUUGA